CGUCUCUGAGCAGACUUUCCUGCACAACCUGCACAGUCCCUCUGCAUCAGGUCAAAGACGUAAUUUUCCUGAUUCUUCUUUGGUGUUGGAGGGGGACACUGUAGUCCUGGUGGAAGGUUUUUGCACCACAGGAAACUUCAGGAAAGAUGAGCAGCAGCAGCGUUGUUCAGGCACAAAAGCUGGUGGAUCAACUUCGGGUUGAGGCGGGCAUGGAGAGAAUCAAGAUCUCGCUGACAGCAGCAGAUUUGGUGCGAUACUGUCAGGAGCACAGGAGAAGUGAUCCUCUGAUCACAGGCAUCGCCACCUCGUCCAAUCCUUUCAAAGAUAAGAAGAGCUGUGUGCUGCUUUGACAGUCGUCCCGAGUAUUAAGAUAACAAACACAUAAUCAAAUGUCCAAUGGCCUUCUUUGUGGGGGAGUGCAGCUGAAGAUUUCAAGAGU